AACCGAGUUGAUCUCGGUUUGAUUGGCGACGCAGCAACCACCUGUCAUCACUCCAGCUCCAGUCAAAUCAUCGCUGUAGGAGGCGGCGGCCGGCGGCGACGAGGGAGAUGGCGGUGGCGGAGGUGAGGUACGGGAUAGUCGGGGUGGGGAUGAUGGGGCGGGAGCACCUCCACAACCUCGCCCACCUCGCCGCCGAGGUCGAGCGGGAGCAGGCCGUCCGGGUGCGGGUCACCGGCCUCGCCGACCCACACCAGGAGUCGCUCCGCCUCGGCCUCCAGCUCGCCGCCGAGCUCGGCCUCCCGGCUCCCCAGACCUUUUCAGGUCACCGCGAGCUGCUUGACAGCGGGCUCUGUGACGCCAUCAUCGUAUCGUCCCCAAACAUGACCCACUAUGAGAUACUCAUGGACAUCAUCCGCCACCGCGAACCGCACCACAUCCUUGUCGAGAAGCCGCUGUGCACCACUGUGCAGGACUGCAAGAAGGUUAUCGAAGCUGCAAAACAGAGACCAGAAAUACUUGUGCAAGUUGGUUUAGAAUACAGGUAUAUGCCACCAGUUGCUAAGCUGAUAGACAUAGUUAAGAGUGGUACACUAGGACAAGUCAGAAUGGUGGCAAUACGAGAACACCGGUUUCCUUUCCUUGUUAAGGUGAACAACUGGAAUAGAUUCAAUUGUAACAGUGGGGGAACUCUAGUAGAGAAGUGUUGCCACUUCUUUGAUUUGAUGAGACUGUUUGCGGCUGCAAAUCCAGUUCGUGUGAUGGCUUCUGGAGCCAUUGAUGUUAACCAUAAGAAUGAAGUGUAUGAUGGAAAGGUACCAGAUAUUAUUGAUAAUGCAUAUGUGAUAGUGGAAUUUGAUAAUGGCUCUCGUGGCAUGCUUGAUCUCUGCAUGUUUGCUGAAGGAAGUAGGAACGAGCAAGAAAUUUCUGUGGUUGGUGACAUUGGGAAGGGUGAAACUUUUGUUCCAGAGAGCAUUGUCAGGUUUGGAAAGAGAACAGAAGGCAGAGAUGGAGUUGUAACAAUAAUGGCGGAAGAUGAACGGAUCAAGUAUCAAGGUCUCCAUCAUGGAUCCAGCUAUUUGGAGCACCUCAAUUUCUUGUCUGCUAUAAGGGCUCAAGGUGCAUCUGGACCAUCUGUCAACUUAAGUGACGGCCUACUAUCUGUUGCCAUUGGUGUGGCUGGGCAAUUAUCAAUCGAGCAGGGCCGGUUCGUAACCAUGGAAGAGGUCUUAGGUUUGUAGCCUGGUGAUAAUUCAGGCAUGCUACUGUAUUGUAAAACCUUUUGUGUAUUAUUAGGUACAUGGACUUAAGAGUGCUCCGGACUGACGAGUUUAUGCCAAGUUAGGAUAACAUUAUUACAGGCAUUUGAAAAUAGAGGAAUAUGAUGAUAAUCUUCAAGCAAAUGUCAUGGAGUAGCAGGGUUAUAUUAUCUGCAAGUGAUAUCUUGGACCUGUUGGUUGUGAUUAGCGGAUCAAUAAAUCUAGAAUAUGUCAUAUUAUUUCUCUUGAUU